AGCUCCACUCCGCGUUUUGCGGCCAUCUGUGCGGCUCAGUAAAAUGGCUGUAUCUAGCGGAGCCUCGUGUUGGUUGGGUUCGCUCCCUGCCUCUACCCGGGCUCAGUAACACAACUCCCACAACAAUUUCUGUCGCUUUUUUUACGCAUUGUAUGGAGCCUCCAUCAUUUCUCUAACCCAUUUACGGAACCGGAACCGGGAGGAUGGAGGCCGGAUUCGGUCCGGUAUGAGGGGUGGGAAUGCAUCGGCAAAAGGAUAAAUGGUUCUAAACAAUUAUUUAUAUUCAAUGCUAGCUUUUGAUUGUGACUGACUCGCCGAGAGAGGGAGAGAGAGGUGGGGGGUGUAUCAUGGCCGCUCAGGUCGCCAGCGCCGCCACUCUUAACACUAGUCCGCCGUCCGAACUCAAAAAGCCGGAUCGAGACGCCAAGGACGAGUCGGGUCCGGGAGAGAAGCAGCCAGACAAAAAGCAACCGGGCUUGGACGGCGGAUCGCCGGGAAGGGGGGAUCUGCAGGACGGGGCCGACGGUGGAAAUGUAGGGGGAGGAGGAGAACCUGAGAUGAAGAACGGGAAUGGGAACCCGCCCAGGGCUAACAAUAAUACCCAGAAUGACUCUGUCGGACCGGAGGGAAAUAACCACCCCGGUUUGGUGCAUCACCACGGCGCGGCUUUUCCUCCACCUUCGUACGGAUACAGUCAGCACUACGGUCGGGCCCCUUUUCAUCAACAUGGCGGACAACAAAGCCCUGGCAUGGCAGCUGCUGCGGGUCCGGUCGUGCAGUCGAGCAACAUGAUGGACCCUUAUCAACAUAAUUCACACGACCAUGGCUUUUCAAACCACCAGUUCAACAAUUAUAACCCAUUCCCGAACAGGACUCCGUAUCCCAGCCAAGCGUACGCCAUGAACUCCCCUCGCAGCGCCCAGGCGCCGACAGCUGGGGGGCAACCAGCUAAGCAGCAGCCACCAGCGGGAGGACCCACGGCAAUGGCUGGAUCUUACAGUAAUCAGAGAUAUAACAUUGGAAACCCUCAACCUACAUCCACACCGACACUCAACAAGCUCCUAACCUCCCCCAGCUCAACGCGGGGAUAUCCAAACUAUCCGUCUAGCGACUAUAGUAGCCAAGAAGGAGCUAGCAAGGGACCAGCAGACAUGGGCAGUAGCGGUCAGUAUGGAGGGAGCAAUCCGGCUUGGCAACAAAGGAGCCAUCACCCAUCGCCUAUGAGCCCUGGAAGUGCUGGGCAGCCGUUAGCAAGAACCCAGCCUCCUGGUUCCAUGGACCCGAUGGGAAAAAUGAGGGGUCAGCCAUAUGGAACAAGCGGCCCAUACAGUCAGCAGUCACAGCAAGGGCCUUCAGCCGGUCCACAACCAGGGCCUGGUUACCCUGGACAGGGUUAUGCCCCGCCAGGUCCCCAGAGAUAUCCAGUGGGAAUGCAAGGCCGGACCUCUGGAGGCAUGGGGGCCAUGCCGUAUGGUCCACAGAUGGGAUCUUAUGGCCAGCAGGGAGCAGGAGGCUAUGGCUCUCAGGGCCAGGCACCUUAUUAUGGCCAACCAAGCCAGGCUCCUCACCCAAGUCAGCAACAAACCCCAUAUUCACAGCCUCCACCUGGACAACCUGGCGGCCAGUCACCAUAUCCAGGUCAACCCCAUCCUCCUCAGACUUCUACUCCACACACCCAGGGAGGGCCACCUUAUCAGCAGCCCCACAUGCCCCCACAGUCCCAGGGGCCACUGCCAGGCCCAUCCCAAGGGCCCCCACAGUCACAGCCCCCUUAUUCUCAAGCUUCAGCCCCACAGUCUGGCCAGUCUCCCUACACCCAGCAGCAGGGUCCUCCCAGUCAGGCCCAGCAGCAGCCCAACUCCCAGUCUAACCCUGGAUCGCAAGGCCAGUCCAGCUACCCAGGAUCAAUACAGGGGCCCCAGCAGCCACCCUCACAGCAACAGCAAUCACAGUCUCAUCCACAGCAGCCACCAGGACACAGCCAGCACCCACAAGGGCAGCCUGCAGGUUACCCCCAGAACCCUCAACAGCAGCAAGCACAACAGUCACCUUAUCAGCGCUUUCCUCCUCCUCCUCCGCAGGAGGUAUCCCAGGACUCAUUUCAGUCCAAUGCGCCUCCAUCCACUCAGCCUAAAUCUGGUCCAGAGGACGGUCAAGGCCGCCCCUCCAGCCUUCCGGACCUGUCGGGGUCCAUCGAUGACCUGCCUACCGGUACAGAGGGCACCCUGAGUCCCGGCGUGAGCACGUCAGGGGUGUCGAGCAGCCAGGGCGAGCAGAGCAACCCUGCUCAGUCGCCCUUCUCUCCUCACACAUCUCCACACCUGCCAGGCAUCCGAGGGCCUUCACCUUCCCCGGCCGGUUCCCCUGCCAGCGCCAGCACAUCCCGCACAGGACCGCUGUCACCUGCCAACAUGCCAGGGACCCAAAUGCCUCCCAGACCGUCAAGUGUGCAGUCAGAUGGGAGCCUACACCCUACAAUGAGCCAGUCUCCUAUGGCCCAGGACAGAGGGUUUAUGCAGAGAAACCCUCAGAUGCCCCCUUAUGGCUCCCCCCAGUCAGCCUCUGCACUGUCACCACGCCAGUCCUCUGGGGGACAGAUGCACCCUGGGAUGGGCCCAUAUCAGCAGAACAACUCUAUGGGAGGCUACGGGCAGCAGGGAGGACAAUAUGGCCCUCAAGGUUAUCCUCGGCAACCUAGCUAUGGCAACAUGCCUAAUGCCAGCUACCCUGGGACUGGCAUGGGCUCAAUAAAUCCCAUGGCAAGCCAGGGUGGAGGUCCUCCAUAUGCUGGCAUGCCUCCAGGAAGGAUGCCUCCUAAUCAAAUGGGGGCACGGCCCUAUGGCCCCAACAUGGGUCCCAAUAUGGGGCCUAGCAUGGGUCCAAACAUGCCUCCCAACAUGGGCAAUAUGCCGCCCCAGGUGAGCUCAGGAAUGUGUCCUCCACCAGGAAUGAACAGAAAGCCCCCGGAUCCCUCAGCCAUGCAACACCCUGCCACAAACUCCAUGCACAACAGGAUGUCUGGGUACCCCAACAUGUCUCCAGGCAUGAUGGGCUCUGGCCCGCCUUACGGCCCUCCAAUGAACAGUAUGCCUGGAAUGAUGAACACUCCAGGUGGAUCACCCUACCCUAUGGGGCCAAACAUGGCCAAUAACACAAGUGGCAUGGCCUCUAGUCCAGAAAUGAACAAUAAGAUGAAUAACAAGGUAGAUGGGAGUGUGACGCCCAAGCCAGAAUCCAAAUCGAAGAAGUCCAACUCUUCCACCACAACCAGUGAAAAGAUAACACAUCUGUACGACUUAGGACCAGAGCCAGAGAGGAAGAUGUGGGUGGACCGUUAUUUGGCCUUUAUUGAAGAGAAGGCUAUGGGCAUGACCAACCUGCCUGCUGUAGGACGCAAACCUCUCGACCUCUUUCGGCUGUACAUGUCUGUUAAAGAGAUCGGAGGCAUGAUGCAGGUGAAUAAGAAUAAGAAAUGGCGUGAUCUGGCCACUUCCUUGAAUGUGGGUACAUCCAGCAGUGCUGCUAGUUCUUUAAAGAAACAGUACAUCCAGUGUCUGUAUGCCUUUGAGUGCAAAAUUGAGCGUGGUGAAGACCCCCCACCUGAGAUCUUUACAGACAACAAAAAGAAUCAAGCUGCUAAGGUCCAGCCCCCCUCUCCAGCGUCCCUCUGCUCCACAGCUGGGUCAGGCUCUCUGCAGGGUCCUCAGACUCCUCAAUCUACCAGCAGCUCCAUGGCUGAGGGGGGAGACUUAAAACCCCCUACUCCGGCCUCGACUCCUCAUGCCCAAAUGCCCCCCAUGCCGCCCGGGUCCAGGAGCAGCGUUAACCUGCAGGACCCCUUCUCUGACGGAAGCGAUCCUGCAUUUCCCCGGAAGAACAUGACGCCCAACUCCAACUAUCAGUCUGGCAUGAACACGCCUGACAUGCAAGGUCGAAUGGGCCCGUACGAACCAAACAAAGACCCCUUUAGUAACAUUCGAAAAGUUGGGGAGCAGUUUCUACCUGCUAACCCGGGUCCCAACAGCGGGAUGGGUGAUCAAUCACAGCAGCCGCCACAACAACAACAACCACCACCACAACAACCGCAACAGCAGCAGCAGCAACCUCCAUUCAACAGGGGACCGCCUGGGGCCAUGGGCACAAUGCCAAUGGGGCCCAGACAGCAGUAUCCUUAUGGACCAGGCUACGACAGGAGGUCGGAGCAAGGAAUGGGCCCAGAAGGCAACAUGGGAUCUGGUGUUCCUCAGCCAAACCCGAUGAUGCCUGCCAACGCCGACACGGGGAUGUAUUCGCCAAAUCGCUUCCCACCACAGCAGCCACGGCAUGAUUCCUAUGGUAAUCAGUAUCCUGGACAGGGAACGCCCCCUACUGGCUCUUACCCAAAUCAGCAGCCUGGAAUGUACACACAGCAACCGAGUUACAAGCGUCCAGGGGAAGGCGGUUACCCACCAUCAAAACGUCACGAGACUGACUACAGUGGACCCUUCCCUGGCGGACAGCAGCCACCGCAGCAACCGCAACAGCAAGGAGGCGCCUCUGCACCCUCUUCAGGACAGCAGGAGCCAUACAAUCAGUACAGCAGCAGCGGGCCCUACCCUGGCGCCGAUCGCCGUCCACCCGGCCCCAGCAGUCAGUUCCCGUUUCCCUUUGGUCGUGAACGGAUGCAGGGGACAACUGGGCCCAAUUCGCAACCUAACAUGCCCCCUCAGAUGAUGCAGUCAGGCCCUCCUGAGGGUCCUCAGGGAGGCAUGUGGCAGGGACCUCGAGAUAUGAACUAUCAGAACUACCCCAGCCGACAGGGUGGCCCUGGGGGUCCUCCCCAGGGACCUGGUUACCCCGGCAUGAACCGGGCAGAGGAGAUGAUGCCGUCAGAACAACGGAUGAAUCACGAUGGCCAGUGGGGGGGUCAGAUGGGCCCUCGGCAGCCUCCUUACGGUCCAGCCGGGCCUGGCACACCUAUGCCUCGCUCGGUACAGUCCAACUACCAGCCCCCUCAGGGGGUGCAGAACCACAUUCCACAGGUGCCGAGCCCAGCAUCCAUGCCCCGCCCCAUAGAGAGCAGGACAUCGCCUAGCAAGUCUCCCUUUAUGCAUGGAAUGAAGAUGCAGAAGGCUGGUCCCCCAGUGCCUGCAUCCCACAUAGUGCCCCCUCCAGUGCAGUCACCUCUAAUAAGGCGAGACAUGCCUUUUCCGCCAGGCUCUGUAGAAGCUACCCUUCCUGUCCUGAAGCCACGUCGAAGACUCACCAUGAAAGAUAUUGGAACCCCAGAGGCCUGGAGAGUUAUGAUGUCAUUAAAGUCCGGUUUAUUGGCUGAAAGCACGUGGGCCUUAGAUACUAUCAAUAUACUUCUCUAUGACGACAAUAGUAUUUCCACCUUCGAUCUCAACACGUUGCCUGGUCUAUUAGAGUUGGUGGUUGAGUAUUUCCGACGCUGCCUCAUUGAAAUCUUUGGCAUCCUGCGGGAGUAUGAGGUCGGCGACCCUGGCCAGAGAACACUACUUGAUCCUGAGACCUUGAAACGAGACUGGAAUGGCACAGAGGAAGAGGAACCACGGGUGGAUGAUAUGGAACAAGAGGAUGAAGAUGACGAUGAAGAGGAAGAACGAGAAACGGAGGGGUCAUCUCAUGUCAAAGAGGAGGAAGAUCAAAAGCAGUGCUCUCACGGUCAGGAUGAGAAGAGCAAGGGUUCAUCAUCUGAGCAGACGGGCUCGUUACACACCCCAACUGCCCACGAGAGACCCAAGCAGGCGAGCAAGUUUGACAAGUUUCCCCUGAAGUUGGUACGAAAGAAAGACCCAUUUGCCGCAGCCCAGGCAAAUAAUCAUGGCAAAAUUCAAGAGUUUGACAGUGGCUUACUUCACUGGAGCGCAGGAGGGGGAGACUCAACAGAACACAUCCAGACCCACUUUGAGCCACGAAAAGACUUCUUGGAACCACGCGAACGAAUACCUGUGCCACCGGUUUUACUAAGGCGGAGAGUCCUAGAAGAAGAGAUACGGGAAAAUGGUUUGCCUGCCGAGGAGGAGAGAAGGAAGCCUCAAGACGAAGAAGAAAUGCCAAAAGAGACCUCCUCUUCAGAAAGAUCAGCAGUCUCAGAGAAGUCCAGCUCCUUGCUUGGCAGCGAGGAGGAGAGGAAGACAGAUUGUGACUCCAAGACGGUUGAGAAUGGCUCAAAAAGUCACCUAGAGAAUAAUAGACCCAUUCCCUCUUCUGGCAGUUUCUUUACCCAGCAGGCACAGCAGAACGGCACCAUCCUGGAGGACGAGCCUCACAGUAAGGAUGAGGGGCCGCUCGUUGCACUGACUAACUGGCAGGAUUCUUUAGCCCGGCGCUGCAUUUGCGUCUCAAAUAUUGUCCGCAGCCUCUCCUUCGUUCCAGGCAAUGACCACGAGAUGUCCAAGCAUUCAGGACUGCUGCUUAUACUGGGCCGACUAAUCCUGCUCCACCACCGGCACCCGGAGCGCAAACAGGCCCCGCUCACCUACGAAAAGGAUGAGGAUUCGGAUGAGGGCGUGGGCCAAAGGGACGAAUGGUGGUGGGACUGCUUGGAGCUGCUGAGGGAGAACACACUGGUCACUUUGGCAAAUAUUUCAGGCCAGCUGGACCUCUCCAUCUACUCCGAAAGCAUCUGCUUGCCUCUGUUGGACGGCCUCCUUCACUGGGCUGUGUGCCCCUCAGCAGAAGCCCAGGACCCUUUCCCCACUCUGGGACCCCACGGUUCUUUGUCACCUCAGAGACUUGUCCUGGAAACGCUCAGUAAACUAAGCAUCCAAGACAACAAUGUGGACCUCAUCUUGGCCACUCCACCAUUCAGUCGGUUGGAGAAGCUUUACGGGAACCUGGUGCGGCUAAUUGGAGACAGGAAGGUUGCGGUCUGUAGGGAGAUGGCCGUAGUUCUACUAGCCAACCUGGCCCAGGGUGACACUCUGGCAGCCCGAGCAAUCGCUGUUCAGAAGGGCAGCGUGGGCAACCUGCUGGGCUUUCUGGAGGACAGUCUGGCUGCCACACAGCUGCAACAGAGCCAGAGCUCUCUGCUACACCUACAAGGGAUGCCCUUUGAACCCACGAGCCCGGACAUGAUGCGGCGAGCAGCCCGGGCCCUGCACGCCUUAGCUAAGGUGGAGGAGAACCACUCAGAGUUCACACUACACGAGUCCCGACUCCUCGACCUUUCAGUGUCUCCCCUCAUGAACUCGCUGGUUUCUCAUGUUAUCUGUGAUGUACUCUUUCUGAUCGGCCAGUCAUGACAGCUGGAGGGAGCCGUGGCUCCACUUCUUGGGGGUUUUGUCCCCAGUCCCCCUCCUUCCUGGUAACCUUGGCUUAUGUGUGUGUAACAGGGCAAAGAAAGUUCAAGUGACUGUCUGUAUUUUAAUUUAUGAAAAUCCUUCAGAUUCCAUUUUCCGUGCCUCCCCAUCCUGGGCCAGCCUCACUCGAGGAGACGGAGGGGCAGGGCGGGGUUAAUCACGGAGCGGUGGUGGAUCUACAAAUCGGAGAGAUGCCGACAAAGUGACACUACUUGCAAAGAAAAUGCCCACUGGAUGACACAGAGCAAAGCACCACGGUUGGGAGACUGUGCUGCACUCGGGUGGGGCGGGCAGGGGGGGAAAGUACUUUUUAAUAAAUAAUAAAUAGCUGAAAAAACAAAAACUGUAACCAAAGUUGCUGUCUCGUUUACAGUGAGUUUGGGAGACACAGUGUGCCCUAGCUCUCCCCUCGAGGGCACAAUGAGUCUGUGACUGGUUGAUGUUCAGAGGUGAAGCAGACUGAUUAAGUGGCCUACUGGUUAUAGUUGCUGUAGUUGGAUUCUCACCAGUCAGCCCGACAGUAGACAAAGUGCUGUCAAUAGACACCUUCACCGGGGAGGCCUGUGCAGUGUGCAGUAGAUUGUAGGACAUUUUCUGUACCGUACUGCUCUUGAGUGUAAGCAUUCUGUAACACACGUUUCCACACAGAAGCUGGCGAUGCAGCUCCUCAAGAGUUUCGAGGUCAAUUUAGUUUGGUGUUAAAACAGAAAAUGGCUUUCUUCCCCAAAGUAUCAAGAACCUACAACACCCUUACCUCCUCUUAUCCCUUGAUUGUAUGAAUACCCUUAUGAAAAGAAAUCACCUCUUAGGACUGGUUUUCAACUUCAGAUACAGCUUUGCUGUGGUGUAUAUAUAAUGUUGUACAUUAUACUUCCUUUCUGUGUCUGUCUCUCUCGCUCUCUCUCUGUGUCACUAUUCUCACACUUGUUUAUUGGCGCGGGACGGAGGCUGACGUGAGUUUGGUCCGUGACCUUCGGUCCUCUCCGAUAAGACCCACAUCUCUGGUCUCUCCACAGCUCCGUAGUAUGGCAGACAUGGCUCAGACCUGUUAUCUCCUGGUACAAUGAAAAUAAACUAGAUGAAGAACACGUUUGAAUUUUCUCCAGUCAUGGAUUCUGCAUAUUUGUAUUUCAGACUAUGUAGCUAAGACAUCGUGUAAAUUCCUCCCUUUCCCUUUUUUGGCUCAAUGAAUAUCAUUUAUUCAGUAUGAAAUCUUUAUACUAUAUGUUCCACGUGGUAAGAAUAAAUGUACAUUAAAUCUUCGUAAGCUGUU